AUGGGGCGCAUCCAGUGGCAUCUGGCACUCUGCUUACUUCUCGCCUGGGUUAUAGUAUUUCUCUGUGUAUUCAGGGGAAUCAAAGCAUCUGGUAAGGUCGUGUACUUCACUGCCACUGCACCGUAUCUCUUCAUGUUCAUCUUACUUGGGCGCGCUGUCACACUGGAAGGAGCCGUGGAUGGGUUACGCCAUUUCAUCUCAGCGGAUUGGGAGAAACUCAUGGAAUUUUCACUAAAACCAGAAUUGCGGGCUCGUUUGUCCUUGCUGCAGCAAAUUUUGCCUCGAUUACCAGAGAAAUUCCUCAAUAGCAACACUUCAAGCAAUUCCUCUGUAGCCCACCCCUCCGGUGGCGGCAGCACUACUCCGGGAUGUGGUUCAGUCACCAAGCUCCCUACUGUGGACGAAGCCUGGAGUUUACCUAUCCCCGCCGAAUUGACUCAGCGUCAGAUGCAGCUGAUGCUCCAGGAGGCCCAGACCCAAGGCGAGGAAAGUAGUUUCGGUGGACUAUGUGAUGACAAACAAUAUGCCAACCUUUUGCGCCUGAAACCUCUGGCUUCCGUUCUCAAGAGACGGGAUGACAAAGAUCCAUCAACCAUCUCCAGUAGGUUAACAGCAAUGGGGCACUCUGCGAUGCUGUGCUUAAUUGCUCCCCUGUUUUAUGACUAA